AUGGCACCACCCGACAACGAGCGUUCACCGCUGCUACAGAGCACGCCGAGCGAGGAGCCAGAGGAUCCGACAAAGCUCCCAAAAGGUCGGAGGAACGCGAUUUUGGUCGCAGUGUGGUUGGGCGUGUUCUUGGGGGCACUAGACGGGACUAUUGUCGCAACCCUCAUCUCGGACGUCUCGAGUUCCUUCAAGAAGUCCAAUCAAGCCGGCUUGCUUGGCACCUCCUACCUCCUCAGCACAGCGACCUUCACUCCCUUGUAUGGCCGACUAGCCGACAUUAUCGGUCGUCGCGCCGCACUCCUUAUCGCCCUCACACUCUUUACGAGCGGAACGGCGUUGUGCGGGUUCGCGCCGUCAAUGGUGUCAUUGUUGAUCGGUCGGCUGAUUGCUGGAAUGGGAGGCGGAGGCCUGAUGGCCGUUUCCUCGAUCGUCGCGUCCGACCUAAUCCCGCUCAAGCAGCGAGCGCUCUUCCAGGGUCUUGCAAACCUGUUCUUCGGCGCAGGCAGCGGACUCGGAGGACCGCUGGGAGGGUUCAUCUCGGACAGGUAUGGCUGGCGGACGGCUUUUAUCGGUCAGCUCCCCGUCCUCCUCCUCGCCACCUUCCUCGUCUUCCGCAAUCUCCGCUAUCGCAUUCCCGGCCAAGGCAAGAGCAAGCGCGAGAUGGCACGCCGCAUCGACUAUCUCGGCUCUCUCACGCUCGUGAUCAGUCUCGGCUCUCUCCUCUUCGCCCUCUCAUUCAAGAAUGACCGCAGCCUCCCAUGGUCGAGCCCAUUCGUCUGGGCUCCCCUCAUCGCCUUCGUCGUCGCUUCGAUUGCCUUCGUCCUCGUCGAGGCGUACUACUCGCCCGAACCGGUCAUGCCGCUCCGUCUGCUCAAGGACAGGAAUGGGCUGUUCGUCGCGCUGGCGAACUUUACUGUCUCGUUCGUGUCGUUCUCGAUCCUGUACUUCUACCCGCAAUUCUUCGAGAUCGUCAAGCAGAAGUCCGCGUCUGAGGCAGGCGCGCAUCUCCUCCCCAACUCGAUUGCUCUUUCCGCCGGAUCGCUCUUCGCCGGCUUCGUCAUCCGCAAGACGGGCCGCUACUACUGGCUCAUUGCCAUCACCUCCGCCUUCCCCAUCUUCGCCCUCACCUCUUUCGUUUUCCUCGACGAGAACAGCGGUUGGUUCCUCUCGUGGCUGUCGAUCUUGCCGAGUGGUUUUGGCUUCGCUUCCGUCAUCACUGCUGGACUCAUUGCGCUCAUUGCGAGUGUGGACCGGAGCGACAUGGCGACCGCGACGGGCUUGACGUACCUCUUCCGCUACGUCGGUCAGGUUGUCGGUGUCGCCUGCAGCGCUUCGAUGCUCCAGGCCGUCUUGACGAGCGAGCUCAAGCAUCGCAUCACCGGUCCCGGCGCAGAGAAGACCAUCGACCAGAUCCGCCACGUCGCAACCUCGAUCCCCACCCUCCCUCCAGCAAUCCAGCAAGCCGCACGCGAUUCCUACCGCUACGCCCUCCGCGCCGUCUUCCUCCUCAACCUCGGCGUUGCAGUCGCUUGCUUCAUGACGACUUUGCCGAUUCGGGAGUACCCGCUGCCUGGGUCGUUUGAGGAGGAGGAGGAGCAUCGGAGGCAGAGGAAUUCGGGGACUAGCACGCCGAGCGGGGCGGCGCAGGCGUAA